UCUCUCUGCCGCUGUCCCCUUCUCCGGAUCCCUUCGAAUUCUGAAAUCCCCAAAUUCUUCUCCGCCUCUCCUCCCCUCCCCCUACAGUAUUUCAAAAUAUUUCAAAUCACACUACACUCUCCGUCGUCUCCUCUCCUCUCCUCUCCUCCCCCUCUCCUCCGCCUCUCUCGCAUCUGAGGCUCCGAUCGCCGGCGACCCCAGCCAGAAUCCGCCGCCCCGUCUCGCCCUCCCCGCUCGACGAGACCGCGCCGAGCGGCGAAGAGGCCUAGUGUUCUUCGCACCUCGCGAUGAGUAGCGCGGUGAAGGACCAGCUUCACCAGAUGUCGACGACAUGCGAUUCGCUUCUACUGGAGCUCAAUGUGAUUUGGGAUGAGGUCGGUGAGCCCGACACGACGAGGGACAGGAUGCUGCUGGAGCUCGAGCAGGAGUGCCUGGAGGUCUACAGGCGGAAGGUCGACCAGGCGAACCGGAGCCGCGCCCAGCUGCGGAAGGCCAUCGCCGAGGGCGAGGCAGAGCUCGCCGGCAUCUGCUCAGCCAUGGGCGAGCCGCCCGUGCACGUUAGACAGUCAAAUCAGAAGCUUCAUGGCUUAAGAGAGGAGUUGAAUGCAAUUGUUCCGUAUUUGGAAGAAAUGAAAAAGAAAAAGGUCGAACGAUGGAACCAGUUUGUUCAUGUCAUAGAGCAGAUUAAGAAAAUUUCGUCUGAAAUAAGGCCAGCCGAUUUUGUUCCCUUUAAAGUUCCGGUUGAUCAGUCUGACCUGUCAUUAAGAAAGCUUGAUGAGUUGACGAAGGACCUGGAAUCCCUUCAGAAGGAGAAGAGCGAUCGGCUAAAGCAAGUGAUAGAACAUUUGAAUUCUUUGCAUUCCUUAUGUGAGGUGCUUGGCAUAGAUUUCAAGCAAACAGUAUAUGAGGUGCACCCUAGCUUGGACGAAGCUGAAGGAUCAAAGAACCUGAGCAACACUACAAUUGAGAGGCUUGCUGCUGCCGCAAACAGACUGCGUGAAAUGAAGAUCCAAAGGAUGCAAAAGCUUCAAGAUUUUGCUUCUAGCAUGCUCGAGCUAUGGAAUCUCAUGGAUACUCCACUUGAAGAGCAGCAGAUGUUUCAGAAUAUAACAUGCAAUAUUGCUGCUUCAGAACAAGAGAUAACUGAACCAAACACCCUCUCCACAGAUUUCCUGAAUUAUGUCGAAUCUGAGGUGUUAAGGCUUGAACAACUGAAAGCAAGUAAGAUGAAAGAUCUUGUUUUAAAAAAGAAAGCAGAACUAGAAGAGCAUAGAAGACGUGCUCAUCUUGUUGGCGAGGAAGGUUAUGCAGAGGAGUUUAGCAUUGAAGCUAUUGAAGCUGGAGCUAUUGAUCCCUCACUAGUACUUGAACAAAUUGAAGCUCACAUUGCAACAGUGAAAGAGGAAGCUUUUAGCCGGAAGGAUAUUCUUGAGAAAGUUGAAAGAUGGCAAAAUGCUUGUGAAGAGGAAGCCUGGCUGGAAGAUUACAACAAAGAUGAUAAUCGUUACAAUGCUGGGAGGGGAGCACAUCUAACACUAAAGAGGGCUGAAAAGGCUCGUACUUUGGUCAACAAGAUUCCUGGAAUGGUAGAUGUUUUGAGAACAAAAAUUGCUGCAUGGAAAAAUGAACGAGGAAAGGAGGAUUUCACAUAUGAUGGUGUUAGCCUUUCGUCAAUGCUUGAUGAAUAUAUGUUCGUUCGUCAGGAGAAAGAGCAAGAGAAGAAGAGACAAAGGGAUCAGAAGAAGCUCCAGGAUCAGCUCAAAGCGGAGCAGGAAGCUUUGUACGGAUCAAAACCCAGUCCAUCCAAGCCCCUAAGUACAAAGAAGGCACCUAGGCACUCUAUGGGUGGUGCAAACCGAAGGCUAUCUCUUGGUGGAGCCACCAUGCAACCCCCGAAGACUGAUAUACUGCAUUCAAAGUCUGUUCGUGCUGCCAAGAAAACUGAAGAAAUCGGCACUUUGUCCCCUAGUAGUAGAGGUUUGGACAUUGCCGGAUUGCCUAUCAAGAAGUUGUCUUUCAAUGCCAGUACUCUACGUGAGACGGAGACACCUCGUAAACCUUUUGCUCAGAUCACACCAGGAAACAGUGUCUCGUCGACGCCUGUGCGCCCUAUCACCAAUAACACUGAGGAUGAUGAGAACAGGACUCCGAAGACAUUUACAGCACUGAAUCCCAAGACUCCGAUGACUGUUACGGCUCCAAUGCAGAUGGCAAUGACUCCCUCUCUGGCCAACAAGGUUUCAGCAACUCCAGUUUCCCUUGUUUACGACAAGCCAGAGGUAACAUUGCAGGAGGACAUCGACUACUCCUUUGAAGAAAGGCGGCUCGCCAUCUAUCUGGCCAGGCAAAUGGUUUAACUGUUGAUCAAUUUAUGUACGUAGUUGAAAUCUGACUGCAUUUUCUUGUCGGUGGCCAUUGCGUAUGUUGGUCAACAAUAGUCGGCCUUUCCAGUAGCACUAUUCUGAUUUACUGCAAUUGUUUUAAUGUUUUCUACAACCAGUAAAACAGCUCUAUACAUUAGCUUGCUCACUACUCAGUACAGCUUUCUCGGCAGCACGAAACAUUUCUGUUCUC